ACGCCAAAAACUAGUCUUAGAAUUAACCUUUGAAGUAUCAAGUUUUUAAAAUUCACAAUCAGAAUAAGCUUUUUCAAAAGACACGGCGGAAACAAACGCUAUUCACUCUUUCUAACGACAAUAUGUUAAUUAAUUCAACUUUUUUUAGCAACAGCGCGCAACUUCACUUUAACAAAGGACACUUCGCACUUGCGCACGUGUCACACCUCCCCUAGCAUAACAUGGUACUCGUACAUUCCGGCACGUGCGCACGUGUCGAGCUGACCCCAACAACCAAAGGAUCACUUCGCGCUCGCAGCUUGCCAUGACGCGGUGGCGGCUACUGACGCGUGGGCCCCCACAUGUCAGAGAGACAUUAGCCAAGCACCGGGCACGCGCCCCCAAAAAAGCGCCACUACUGUUCGUCGCUCCCGACCAAUAAUUUGGGGGGAAAAAACUCCAAUUGCGGCGGCUGCAAAAAAGGAGAUUUUUUCCCGAUUUUUUCCACCUCUAAUCCCCCCACGAUUCUGACUCGGCGGCGGCUCGAUCUCCGGAACCCUAAUCGAGGUGAGUCUCCGCCGUCUUGCCCCCAAACCCCGCUUCAUUUCCCCCAAAUUUCUCUCCCUGUCCGAAUUCACGCUGUUUCCCCACCGAUUCGGCCGGAAUUCGAGGCCGGCUCGCUCCCGAUCGCCGGUUCGUCGCUCUUGCUUGCUCGGAGCUCGGUUCUUGAGGUGGUGGGUGCUUUUGGCCGUGCUCGAGAGGUUUCUUCCAGCGGUGAGCUCGGUUGCCGCGGAUCGCUGGAACAAGUGCCCGUGGGCGGGCCAGCGGCGGCGUUUAGGGUUUGCUCUUCCCGGAGCUGUUCGACCGCUUCGCUUGCGGAGCUGCAUUUGGUGCCGCCGAGAUGCAGCCGCCCUCCAAGAAGUUUGCUCGCGUCGACACGCUGGAGCUCAAGACCCAGCUUGUCAAGCGGCUCGGUCACCGCCGCGCCGAGCUCUACUUCCGCAGCCUCAAGAGGUUCCUAGGCUGUCAGCUCGGCAAGGACGAGUUUGAUAAGAUCUGCGCGGCGGCAUUGGGGAAGGAGAACAUCAGGCUUCAUAAUUCUCUGAUCCGGUCCAUCCUGGCCAAUGCCUGUAUGUCGGUUGGGCCGCCUGCGAGCAAGCAGGCGGCCACUGGGAACUCACAGACGAGCACGGUGUCAAAUGGGACACUGACCAGUGGCAUGCUUCCUGUGAGGAGGGUGCAACCGGUGGCUGGUCGGGAGAUGAGGUUUGCUGAUAAGCCGAGCCCGCUUGGGAAGUCACCUCUUGGCCAUCGGGGGACUGGGGAGUUUAUAUCAGCUGGUAGCAAGGCUCUGCAGGAGGUUAUCUCUGUGGAGGAUGGCGAGGAGGUUGACCAGGCCCAGGGUAGCCCGGUGUGCGUGCAGAGUCGAAGCCCGAUAAGGGCUCCAUUGGGAGUUGCAAAGGCUCAGAAUUCUCAACCUUCAACGUCUUGCUCUUUAGAUGUGUGCUACAAUAAUGGUGAAUUGCCGGAUUCUCAGUUGCUGUCGAAGCUGCUGGAGAAUAAGUUGGAGGCUCAAGGUCUCAGGAUGCCCAAAGAGUGCGCUGAUGUAUUGAACUCUGGGUUGAAUGCAUACAUAAGUCAGAUGCUGAAGGCUUGCUUAGGCAUUGCGAAAGCAAGGGGAAACAAGGUGAGGAUGCGCCAAGCAAAUGGGCGUACUGCUGCUGCUGUAAACAGUGAGCAGAAUCAUGGCUUUCCAUUGGAAUCAGCCUGUUCUUACCAAGCUUCGAUGCUUGAUCUUUGGACAGCAGUGCAGUCCAAUUUUCAGUUACUGGGAUGCGCUCGGCAACGUGAGAAGAUCACUUCUCAUCUCCUCAACAGAUAAAUGAGGGCAGCUAGUUUUCCGCUGAUUUUUAGCAAACCUUAUGCUGGACAAGUGUAAGAGAUACAUUGCAGUACCAUUGAUCCUGCUGUAAAAACUACAGUUAGUUAGAUUGAGGUAAAGUGGAGUGGAGUUUGAGUGUAGGGCUGGUUAGUGUGCUGGUCAGGAUGAUACUUCUUAGGAUGCAGUACAUUAUAGUGAGCUUCAUUUACCUGUGAUUAUUCACAAAAAUAAUAAUAAAAAAGAUUCUGUCAA